GCUGCACCCUCCACACCGCAGGGGACGCUGUGGCCGGGGCUGGGACGACGGCGCUCGUCUCUCCCCGGCAGGCGUCAGCGACCAGGCGGAGCCGCAGGCCCGCGGAGCGGAGGGGACCCCGGGCAAGGUAUUAAGUCAUCAUUAGUCAAGAUGUCUUCAACAACUGAGCCUCCAACACUUAAAAAGGAGCCACCUAAAGAGAAAGACUUUCAAAACCCAGGGUUCAGAGGGGUGCGCACAACCACCUUAUUUCGAGCAGUGAAUCCGGAGCUCUUCAUUAAACCUAACAAACCUGUAAUGGCUUUCGGAUUGGUAACCCUUUCGCUUUGCGUGGCUUACAUUGGUUAUCUACAUGCAACACAAGAGAACAAAAACAAUCUCUAUGAAGCUAUUGAUAGUGAAGGACAUAGUUAUAUGAGGAGGAAAACAUCUAAAUGGGAUUAAUGAUGAAACUUACUGCAGAGAGAGCAUUAUUAAGAACAAUGAAAUCUUCCAUUUGAAGACUUCAGAGUGCACAGUAUUAUGAUUCCUAAUUCUGAAAUAUGCUAAUGAGGAGAGAAGAUGGCAUUUGCAUCUAGACUACUAUGAUAAAUUUUGUCCAACAACUGAUGUGGCUGCCAUUCUGUUUCUACAGAAAGAGCCUCUCAAUGUUUUUCUCUUAUUAAAUCAUCCUAUAAAUGUGCCAUGAGAAUGGAAGUAAAAUUUGUUCUUUAUUAUGUUAUCUAUAAUAAAAGUACCCAGUGCUGUUAAAUUUA